GUGGACAAAGAACACCUAGAUUUAUUUAGUAGUUUGAACAAUGAACAGCUGGCUGGUUUCAAUGAAAUAAUGGAUCAUGUGAUGGAACACAAAAGCCAGAUAUUCUUUGUUGAUGGUCCAGGAGGCACCGGCAAGACAUACUUGUACAAGGCAUUGUUUGCAAAGGUGCGUUCGAUGGGCCAGAUAGCGAUUGCAACUGCUACAUCAGGUAUAGCGGCGUCAAUAAUGCCCGGAGGACGGACUGCGCACUCCAGGUUCAAAAUUCCAAUCAAGCUCACUGACAACAGCAUGUGUAGUUUCACAAAGCAGAGUGGUACAGCGGAGUUGCUUAAACAAGCCUCCUUGAUAAUUUGGGACGAGGUCGCUAUGACAAAACGUCAAGCAGUUGAGACGCUUGAUAGAUCCCUGCAGGACAUAAUGGACUGUUCUUUGCCAUUUGGGGGAAAGGUUGUCGUCUUUGGUGGGGAUUUCAGGCAGGUCCUCCCCGUUGUGACACGUGGGACAAGAGCACAUAUCACGGAUGCUACACUUCUAAGAUCCUAUCUGUGGGAGAAGACCCGGAAGAUACGCCUCACGCGCAAUAUGCGAGCACAGGCUGAUCCUUGGUUCUCUGAAUACCUCCUACGGAUCGGCAAUGGAACAGAAGAGACAAUUGGCGACGACUAUGUGCGUCUCCCUGACGACAUUGUGAUCGGCUAUACCGAGGAUGAGAAAGCUAUUAACACACUCAUCGACAAUGUCUUCCCAUCGUUGCAUGCCAAUGCUAGAUGGAGAGAGUAUAUGAGCACACGUGCUAUUCUUUCCACCAAGAACGAUCAUGUCGAUGACCUGAAUGACAAGAUGAUCUCUAGGUUUCCAGGCUCAGAAAAGUUAUACCAUAGCUUCGACUCCAUCGAGGAUGACUUGCAGAAUAAUUACACGAUUGAUUUUCUAAACUCGAUCACACCAAAUGGCUUGCCCCCGCAUGUGUUGAGAUUAAAGGUUAACUGCCCGGUCAUUCUGCUCAGGAACCUCGACCCUCAUAAUGGCCUAUGCAAUGGGACACGACUUAUGAUUAGAGCCUUCCAGGAUAAUGCAAUCGACGCAGAGAUUGUUGGUGGUCAGCAUGCUGGAAAGAGGGUCUUCAUACCUAGGAUCCCUAUGUCGCCCUCGGAGGACAUCUCACUUCCUUUCAAACUUAAGAGGAAACAGUUCCCCAUUCGCCUGAGUUUUGCGAUGACAAUUAACAAGGCGCAGGGUCAGACUAUCCCAAACGUCGGUAUUUACCUUCCCGAGCCAGUAUUCUCACAUGGUCAGCUAUAUGUUGCAUUGUCAAGGGGAGUGUCCAGAGAGACGACGCGGAUUUUGGCCAAGCCAAACAACGAGGUUGAUAAAUCUGGGAAAAGCACCAAGAACAUUGUCUAUAGAGAUGUUUUGGGGAGAUGAGGCAGGUCUAGCGAAGGAGAAUAAGCAACAGAAGAGGAGGUAAGGUGGAUGAACACAAGGGUAUCUUCUUCGAUCGAGCAAAAGGUGAGAGCUCUGCUUCUCCAUCUGAUCCCCCCUGAUAUGUAUGUAAUGACCAGAUGGGGUACGCACGUGAUAUGUAAUAAUCAGAUGGAGUAGGCAUACAUAAUGAUAGUGCCGACACCUUUUUUCAGAUGAUAAGAGCAAAAUGUAUGCUACUGUGUUCUUUUUGAGCUUCCAUGCAUAAUAUUUUUCUAUGAGUAUAAUGUGCUGAUGUAUUGCAAUAUUUCAGGUUUUCAAGUUUGUCAGGUGAGAAACACUGCAUAGAAAAAAGGUUGAACAGACAUUCAUGGCAGGAAGAGGUAGAGGACAAAUUGAGUGUCGAGGUACUCCGUGAGAAAGAGGAUAAAGAAAGGAGUCAGCACAUGAAGAGAGGCACCCAAAGUUAAAAUGAUACAGUCCUAAUAACAUCAACAAUCUAUCAUAGUUAUUAGCUUUUGCUAUUCACUUGCUGUUUAGCCUAUAGUUCAGCAUCAGCUGAGAUUGUGCUCCACUUUUGGGCCAUCAGAUUUCCAUGUUCUGAUAAUUAACCGAAUGGGUUAUGUUUUAAUGUAACUGAUUUGGGUAUGCAACUGUUUAUGCAUAUAAUUCUGAAGAACACACAUCAUUGCUGUUAAUAAUAUAUUGUACACGACUUGCUUCUUGAUAAUGUCAAGCAUUAUUACUACUAUAUUGAACAUACGUCCAGGACAAAAGUUUGUUUUACCAGAAAAAUUUAAGCUGGUUGAAAUAACUAGCAUGUAUCUUCUCAUUGCAAAAUUUUAUUUUACACGUGAUCAGCAAUAAUAUAAUAUAAAACUUAAGUA